CGCUCUCGCUCCGCACCGCACGCAGCCCACACCAUGGCUUCGACCCGCGCGUUCACGCGCCGGGAGGCUCUCGCGUGCGACCGCGCCGCGCUGCGCACGGGGAUCGUGCACUUCGGCGUCGGCGGGUUCCACCGCUCGCAUCAGCAGGCCUAUCUCGACGACCUCCUUCGGCUCGACUUCGACGCCGCGAAGGACUGGUGCUACACCGGCGUCGGCGUCCUAGAGUGGGACGUCAAGAUGCGCGACUACCUCAAGAACAACGACUGGCAGUACCCGAUCGUCUCGCGCGUCGGCCCGACCGCGGAGGACAUGACCAUGGACGUGCAAGACGUGGUCACCAUGAGAGACAUGCAGCUCUCGUUCGAGGACCCGGUCGCGACCGUCCGCCUUCUCGCGGCGCCGACCACGAAGAUCGUGUCUCUGACGAUCACGGAGUUUGGGUACCGCGUCCCUCUGAACGAGGGCGACUACAAGCUCAUUGAGAUGGCCCUGGAGGGGUCCGUGGACGCGGAUUUGGCGUCGGAAAACGUUGACCCCGCGUGCGCCAAGGCGACGGUGUUUGGCCUCAUGCUCGCCGCGCUCGCGGCGCGGUUCAAGGCUGGCGUGCGGCCGUUCACGGUCAUGAGCUGCGAUAACCUCCCGCACAACGGCGACGUCGCGAAGAAGCGCAUGACGGCCGCGACGAACGCUCUCUCCGCCGAGCGGUUCGGGUCUGUCCGAGAGGACUUCGCGCGCUUCGUCGAGGAAGAGGUGAAGUACCCGUCCACGAUGGUGGACAGGAUCACCCCGGCGACGUCGCCGCAGGAUAUCAUCGACCUCAAGGCGAAGACUGGGAUCGAGGACGAGUGGCCGGUGAUGUGCGAGCCGUACAAGCACUGGGUCGUCGAGGACAACUUUGUCGACGGCGCGCGCCCGGCGUGGGAACGCGUCGGCGCGCUUCUCGUCCCGGACGUUCGCCCGCACGAGCUCAUGAAGGUGCGCUUGCUGAACGUCACGCACAGCGCGAUGUGCUACGCCGGGCUUUUGGUCGGGUGCACGCACGUGCACGAGGCGGUGACGCACCAGAUGGUUCGACCGUACCUGAAGCGGAUCAUGACGAAUGAGAUCACGGCGUCGCUCGUCGCGGACCCGACGAUGUCCGAACUCAUCUCCGGUCUCGACGCGUACGCGGAGCUCGUGCUUCGCAGGUUCGAGAACGUCGCGGUGAAGGACACGCUGGACCGCGUCGCCAUGGACGGCAGCGAGAAGUUCCGCGUGCAGGGGCGCGCGGUUGUCAUGGAGGGUUUGGCGGAUGAGCGAUCGGUGCGAGGGUUCGCGCUGUUCGUCGCCACCUGGGCGCACUUCCUUAAGAAGGCGGUCGAGAACGGCGAUAAGGUGAAGGACGCGUCCGCGCAGCUCGUCUCCGCGCCGUGGACCGUCAACGGCGGCGGGUUGGAGGCGUUUUUGGACGUUGAGGAGGUGUUUGGCGUCUUGGCGCAACACGAGGGGUUCAGGAGCGCGGUCGCUCGCGAGUUCGACGACAUCGAGCAGAGCGGGGUGGAGGCGACGCUCUUGGGGUACAUCUUCGGCGCGGGGAACAACAGCAACGGGGACCUCGCGAACGCGCACCGGGACGUGUCGAGGGUCAGCGGGUCGUUCCACGCCCUGGACGAGGUGUGCAUCCCGGAGGAGGCGCAGCCGGACGAGGCGGUGGCGUUUGUUCCCCUCGAGGCGUAGGCGGAGGGUGCCCUCCUAGCGACCACGGUUCCGUGGGCGCGGACGCACCCUAUCAUAGACGCCGACGCCGCCCAGGUGACUACUACUACUACUACCUCUAUUACGACGGGAGUCGUGGUUUCCACCCAUUUUUUUUUGCCGCGAAGGACGCAAAGCUCGUCCCGGCGGCUGUAGAUAUAACAAAGCCCGCGGCGCCUCGUGUUCGGGGCGCCACACUGAUUGGUUGAUUGAACGCACGCAUUGCUUGCACGACGAUCGCGAAAUAACACGCGACUUAGGCUCGUUUUAAUCACGACGCUGAUGAAUUCAUCGU